CUCUCUCUCUCUUUGGUUUUUUUGUUUUUGUUUUUGUUUGUUUUUUUUGACUGCCCUAGUCGGAUUUGCUACAUGUGAUACAUCAAAUUGUGCAUAUUUUUCCAGUAUCAUUUGGUUUGAAAACACUCCUUUUAGAUGGUGCAUUCUUACUUAUACCGUUACACGGGCUUGAACAUGAUACUCAUUUUUAGCUGAUGGGUUAAUUUCUAGUGGGUGCCUCAAAAAACUAUCGUAAUAUCUAUAUGUAUUGUUGUGGUUUUUGCUAUGUCGUGACAUACAUGUGCUCUUGAGAGUAGUUUGGAGAUUUGACAAAGAAUUUGGUUGAUUGAAACAAAUUGAUUCUUCUUACUAAAAAUUUUUUCUUUCUAACUAUUGGGCGGUAAUCUGCUGUUCGGUCAAUCCUGCUGUUCGUUCAAUCAAAGUUCAUAUGGGUUAACUUUGAUUUUGAAUGAAAGCAAAACUAAAACACUUUGAAUAAUUGAAAUGACAGUUUCUUCUGAUGUUUUGUUUACCACAAAAGGAAGGAUAACAUAAAUAGUAAUUGAUGCUAAACAUGUGAAGAAAAGGCACCGCGCUCUGAGUUUCUGAACCUUCGGCUUUUCCUACGUACCUAAAAAUGUAAGGUAACAAAUAAUAUAUCCGUAUGUAUAGACAUCUUUUAGUACAGCUUUGGCUGAGAAAGGUACAGCUUUGGCUGGGAAGGGUACAAAGAGAGAAAAGGUAUAGAAUAGAAAACCAUCCCCAUGCCUUGCUCUCUUUUAAGAGACAAUGGACUGCAGAUAGAAAGUUUCGAAGCAUCACUACCGGGAGACUAAGCACGCGGGUGGCGAUCGGAGUAGAGCACAUAGAUCGUGUGCAGCGCCGUGAGCGCCAAAAGUAAAGCUGCAGCUACUACUGGGAGGAUCGACCACGGGUUGUUGAAGUAGUUGUUGUGCAGCGUAGCCCUGUAUUUGUGCCAAUCCGAUUUGCAGUACUUGUUCACUCUUCUGAACUAGUUGACGAAGUAAUCAUCAUCGUGGUCGAUGCAGGAACACAAUCUCGGAGCAGAUUGUAGGAAUGCACUGCCUCCUCCAUCUUUGAUAGCUUGUUCCCCGAUGAUCACGCUCUCCCGGAGUACCGCCAUAUCUUUAGCCGAGUGGACGAUGCAGUCCACAGUCCACGAAGGUUACGAAACUCCGUCAUUAGCUUCCCCUUCUGCGGGUUGCACAAGAUUGAAUAGUGAGGAAUGCUGAGAACUCCAUUUCGGAAAGUUAUACUGACCAAGCAACCUGUUUUCUUCUUGAAAAUCACGCCAGCGUGUUUUCGAGCUCUGUGGAUGUCGGGAUCAUCCCUCACGCAAGCGUAUUACUCGGUCGGUCGGUCGGGAGAUCAACGGCCGCCGCUCCUCAGAGCCGUGGGGAUGCUUAUUAGAUUAAACACUUUGGAGCAAAGGAAGGUUACCGCGGGCCUCAGUCGAGGGAGACUCGGGCCUUUGGAUGAAGCUAUAGUGAUAGAGGUAUAAAAUUUAAUGAGUUUUGAAAUAAAUCGUAAUGGAUAAUUUUAAUUAGGCUAAGCUUAUAUAAAAUAUUAGGAGGGGAGACAAAGGAAAAAAUAUAUAAUAUAAAUUAAGAUUCAUUUAAAUGGUUUCCCUCCAAAAGAGCCACCAACGGCUAGUAUCCUGCACCAAGCUCUUAACUACCUAUGUGAACCAAGGCUGCCACCACCAAGCCCUCUCCCUCUUCUCCCACAUGUUCUCCUCCCCCGACAUCGCUCUCGACCCCUUCGCCUUCCCCCUCGCCCUCAAAUCCUCCGCCGCCCUCCGCCUCCCCGACGCGGUCGCCUCCAUCCACUCCCACACCAUCAAAUCCGGCCUCCUCUGCAGCCCUUUCGUCGCCUCUGCGCUCGUCGGCGCCUACGGCAAAUGCUUCUCUAUCAAUCACGCACGCCAACUGUUCGACGAAUGUCCCCAAAGAAACGCCGCCGUGUGGAACGCCGCUAUAUCCCUCUACGCCCAUUCUAAUGAUAUCGCGACGGCGUUGCAGCUGUUUGAGCUCAUGGAUGUGGCCCCUACCGCCUCUUCGUACAAUACAAUCAUUGCGGCUCUUGCGGAAUCCGACGAAUGGCCGUCUAAAGCGAUCGAGUUCUAUCGCCGGAUGCGGUGCUCCGGCGUAAAGCCCAAUUUUAUCACGCUUUUAGCGUUAGUUCCUUCGUGCGUCCAGAUAGGUGCAUUGAACUCGAUCAAGGAGAUUCAUGGAUUUGCAAUAAGAUGCUGCGUUAGCACCCACGCUCAUCUCGGCAGCACUCUUAUCGAAGCGUACGGUAGGUCCGGCUCUUUGAUCAGCGCAUCUAAGGUGUUCGAUGAAAUGCCGGAGCGGGAUGUGGUGGCGUGGAGCUCCAUGGUUUCUGCCUACGCCUUUCACGGCUAUGCAGAGAUCGCAGUAUCGACAUUCAAACAAAUGGAAUCAAACAAUAUAAGGCCCGACGGUGUUACGUUCCUCAGUGUUUUAAAAGCAUGCAGUCACGCCGGUCGUGCCGACGAUGCCUUAAAGUACGUGGACGUGUUGACCAAACACUACGGAGUGGAAGCAUACAGCAAUCACUACUCGUGCUUGGUCGAUGUUUUGAGCCGUGCGGGGCGGUUGCACGAGGCGCACAAGAUUAUUCGCGGGAUGCCGGUGAUGGCUUCCGCGAAGGCCUGGGGGGCGCUUCUGGCGGCUUGUCGUAAAUACGGAGAAGUCGAGUUGGCGGAAGUUGCGGGAAGAGUGUUGUUCGAGAUCGAACCGCAGAAUGCGGGGAACUUUGUGCUGCUGUCGAGCGUAUAUGCAGGUGCAGGAAUGCACGAGGCGGCCGAGGGGGUUCAGAGGGAGAUGGAAGAGCGGGGAGUCAGGAGAUUGCCCGGCAGCAGUUGGGUCAUUUCUCAAAAGCCUCACUGUUCCAACUAACUGAGGAUCGCCAAAACUUUUUAUUACUUGCAUUUGUUCACACAUUUGGUUUAUAAUAUAUAUAUAUAGUAGGCUGGUAUGCUUACGGAAGCACGGAGCCCUCCGUGCUUCCACUUUGUUUUCGA